AUGGAGAAAACCUCAACGGAGAUUGCGGAGCACUCCCAGCGUCCAUAUCAUUACACGCCAUACAUAGAUAUCAAUCUCCAAUUCGACCCUCUACAAGCAGACCCGCUCCUACAGAAAUCGCUCGUGUUCGAAGAUAGCGACGACGAUUCCGAUAGUCGUGUUGAUCAUCUCGAGGCUGAUGGUACUUUUACUGAUACGGAGAACGAGUACCGAUACCACGGAUUCAGUAUGACGAAGGCAUCGAGUUAUCAGCAUAAACGCAAAUUGUCGCCUGCAGAGGUUUUCCCAGAUAGCAUAUCUGAUAUAUCGGGGAGAUUCGACGAUGCUGAUGAAGAUGUUCUACAAGAGCAGACUGCAGAGGAUACAACAUCAGUCCAUUCAGCUAAACGGGGCCGAUCAAACGGCUGGCCGGUACAAAACGAAAUCGCCUAUGACGAAAACGGAAUGAAGAUUGAUUUGAGUGCACGACGAUCUACGCCCACGCUUGGUAAAAAUAAGCAUACGCCGGUGUUGAGGAUUCGUCGUUCGAGGUUUAUUGAGGGGAGUAUGAAUGAUCGUGUUAGUGAGAAGCCGCCCAGUAUCUUUUUUCUGGAUGAUCGUCAGACCCAUGCAGAUGUCGGCCAAACAGAAAAUAGGAAGAGUUUGGAGAAGAGGUCGUCGGGAAUUUUCCGUUUUGGAAAGGCUAUUGCUUCCGCUUUCCAUCCUUUUGGUGGAUCAAAGGGUAACAAGUCCGAGCAAGACGCAGCCGCAAAAUCGCAAAAGGAGAUUAUGAAGCAACGACAGGCCAAAGCGGAGAAGGCUUAUGCUGAGCUGAAAAAGUCGGGUUAUAGGGGCACCAACACUACCUUCAGUACGAAGAAUCAGGUUGACGCGGGCGUUGCCGAUGAGACAUGGAAAUCAAUCCAGGAGAAAAUGGGCUACAAACUUGCUAACGAAAGCCGUAUAUCCCAGGACGAUACGCUUGUUGGUAUAUCCCCUGACGGACUGGGACCCAUAUCUCCUGAAAGAGGGGUGUUGAAGCUGAAGUCGUUCUCAGAAUUGAGGAAGAGGACUUCUAAUCUGAGUAUUCCGGCGAUACGGUUCCGGGAUGUGUCUCCUAUGAGUAUGCGGGCGUCGAUUGAGCGAAAUGAUGACCGAGACCACCAACAGAUGGAGCGACGACAGUCUCGCAGAGAGUUGCAUAAGCAGGCCAAAUUAUUGAAACGGGUUAGUAAUCUGGAAGACAAGCUAGAGCGUGCUCGGCGAGAGUUGCGUGAAUACGUUCCGGAUGACAACCAACCGCCUAUUCCGACAAUCUGUGUUGAUGACGAGCACGACCGUCAAUUCAGACAGGGUCUACCAACACUGCUUUCUGAACGAGUCCUGGAAGCAGGCUACGUCCAACCGGGGACGAGUCAAAGAGUCACAAAAUGGCCACCUAUUGAUAGUCUCUCGCGUAAACGAAAGUCACCCAUCCCCAUGCCGACGGGGACAAUCGACCUGGAAGAAAACUACACCGCCGAUUGCGGAAACCCUUUACCCGAUGGUGAUGACGAUGACGAGGAAGAAGGAGAUAAGAGCAAUGAGAAACGACUACGCAACAAACUCAAAUCCGGACGCGACAAACGCGCAUCUAGUCUAACCACCAAAGCCAGUCAACGAUUAAAAGCGAAACAAUCCUCUCGCAAUCUUCGUGCUGACGCUGUUGCCUCUAAGGAAGAAGAAGGGAAACAUCUCCAAGAACAGGAAGGGAAUAUAUCAGCACAGAAGAAGAAGAAGAAUAAAGGAUGGACUUGUAGCAGUGGUGACGGGUACGAGAAUAUUCCGCCUGUCCCUCCUGUUCCGAAGGAAUUGUUGGACUCUACCAAGUCUGGUGUUUCGCCGAAGAAGCUUACCUCGACGAUGAAAGCGAGGAUUCCGUCAAAGGAGUUUGCGUGGCCUGAGGAUAUUUUUUGA